CACCGUGUUUCAGCGUGCCAUCGCUUGAUGUCACUGUUUCUAUUCCGACCUCUGAUCUCUGCCUGCCGUGGUAGUUUUGGGUUUUCAUCGAGUCUAUCCUCAGAUGCUCCCCGUUCGGUGCGCUAUGACGGGUAUUCGAAGCCGGCCUGCUCAGAUGCCACACGGCUUCUGCACCUCACCCACUGCUCACUGCAGGCACAGGCACAGGCGAAGGCUCAGCCCUACUCAGAGGUGAGAUGGCUACCCUCGAGAGCCAAAACGGGUGCCAUGAUCCCCUGCGGUCGCAGUGUGCGGGCCCGGGUCCUCUGUCCAAGGCCCAAUCGCUAUCGCAAGCGCGUAUCCGAUAUGCCUAAGGUCGAUAAAACCUCUGCAUCUCACCAACGCAAUUCCUCUAUCUCAGCUGCUUCCGCUGUUGGUGCUGGUACGCGGAGCUCGUCUUGGUCUACCAAAGAUGAUGAGACCCUGAUUCAAGCUCGUGCUUCAGGCCUGAACUGGAACCAGAUUGCACCCAAACACUUUCCUGCCAAAUCACCGAAUGCGUGCCGUAAGAGGCACGAGCGGUUGAUGGAGAAGCAGCACACAGAGCAGUGGGAUGGCCCGAAACUUGAAAUUCUGGCCACCACAUACAUGGAUCACAGGGCAGAGAUCUGGGGUCCUCUUGCUAACCUUUUAGGCGAGAAGUGGGCCACAGUAGAGCAAAAGUGCAUGGAAAAGGGCCUUAAGAACUUGAACCAAGUCUACCGUUCGGCCCAGAAGAAAGCCCACGAUAGUGGAAUCAGCAUCUCGGACGACGAUGACCAUCUUUCCGGGCUGUCUUAUCCUCAGUAUCGGAACUAUGCCCAGCAACCAAAAAGGGUCAACAGCAUCCAGUCUAUUCUGCAGCAACCCGCCAUGGCAUACGCACACCAGCAGUACUAGCCUAGUGCACUGCCUUUCGGAUAUUACCUCUCUUCUUUUCUUGUGGCUUCGGCUUCAUCGUGUUUUGCAGUCUCGACAUGUUGUCGUUUUUUGUUAUUCCGUUAUCUUCCCUUAUCGCCUUUUCUCAUUAUCUCUUUAUUUUUCUUCUUCCUGCUUUUUCCCUUCA